UAUCCACUUCACCUAUUUUGAAGAAUUAAAAACUAUAUAGUAUAAUUUUAAAAACCCCAAUAAUUAUACCAAUAACACAUAUAAAAACACCAAGAAAAACAAUACCUUUCCCCCCAACUUUGAUAGCAACCAAAACACCUUACAGAAAAACUAAGAAGAUGAUGAGAAAUGGAAAUGGAGGAUUGAAAGGAUUACAAAGAGCUGGUUUUUUAACAUCUUCGUCGUCGUCGUCGUCUUCUUCUCGUCGUCGGAGCAUUCAUUUUCCGGUGAAGUGUUUAUCAGACUUCAAUGAUUAUGCAGUUUUGGGUCUUUCUCCUUUUGCUUCUAAGACUGAUGUUAAGUUUGCCUACAAAAGAUUAGCUUUGAAGUAUCACCCAGAUGUGAUCAGAGGAGAUCAUGUUGCUGAAAAACAUAAAAUGUUUCGGGAUAUUAAAUCUGCAUAUGAGACUCUAAUGCGUAAGUUUGAAGAAGAAGAACAAUUGCAGACAAUGCAAGAUAAUGGUGACUACGAUGAGUGGGAUGAGUGGAUGGGAUUUGAAGGAGGAGUUCCUGCUACUUAUCAUCAUUCUUACUAAACUUCUAGCUUCAUUUAAUUUGUAAAGUUCAUCUCUUUUUUUUUUCUUUUUUUCAGUUGCUACUAUUACUGUAUCAGUGUACAUAGAUGUUACUUUUCAUUAUCCUGAAUCCUGAUAUCCAAAUAAAAAAUAAAUAGUAAACUGAAAGAAGAUGAAAAAAUUGUAAAAUGUUGAUACUUGUUCUCUUUUAAUAACUUGUGCUUUUAGUAAA